AUGCAGAAAUAUGGAAUCGACUAUGAUGAGGUAUUUGCCCCUGUUGCUAGAAUUGAAGCUGUUCGUGUUAUUCUUGCUCUUGCUGGCUCAAAUGGCUGGGGUGUUCAUCACCUUGACGUGAAGUCAGCUUUCCUAAACGGAAGGUUAGAAGAAGAAGUAUAUGUUACACAGCCAGAAGGAUUUGAGAAAAAAGGUGAAGGAAAUAAGGUUUAUAAGCUGUCAAAAGCACUCUAUGGCCUAAAGCAGGCGCCUAGGGCAUGGAACUCGUGUUUGGAUGUUUACGUGAAAAGUCUUGGAUUCAAAAGGUGCCCCCAAGAAUACUCUGUAUAUACCAGGUUGAAGAAUGGAAACAUUUUAAUUAUUGGAGUCUAUGUUGAUGACCUGUUGGUGACUGGAAGCUCUACUGCUGACGUGAAAGAAUUCAAGAUGGAGAUGAAUGCAAAAUUCGAGAUGAGUGAUCUAGGUCUCCUUACUUACUACCUGGGAAUUGAGGUAAAUCAACAAAAUAACUCUAUUUCAUUGAAGCAAGAAGCAUAUGCUAGAAACCUCCUAGCAAAGACCCAUAUGAUGGAGUGUAAUCCCACCAAAAGUCCCAUGGAGCACAAGACCCAGUUGACUAAAGAAGGAGGUGGAGAGCUGGUCAACCCCACUGAGUACAGGAGUAUAGUGGGUGGACUUAGGUACCUGACUCAUACCCGUCCAGACUUGGCAUUUGCAGUGGGAGUAGUAAGCCGCUUCAUGGAGAGACCUACUAUGGCUCAUCUUCAAGCUGUGAAAGGGAUCCUCAGGUACAUAAAGGGCACUUUAGACCAUGGUUUGGUCUACACAAGAGGAGAAAAGAAGAUAAAUAUUGCAGGGUAUUCGGAUAGUGAUCAUGCAAAGGAUUUAGAUAAUAGAAGAAGUACAGGAGGGAUGGUGUUUUAUGUCAAUGGAAAUCUGGUUUCUUGGUCUUCACAAAAACAAAGAUGUGUAGCUCUAUCCUCCUGUGAGGCUGAAUUUAUGGCAGCCACUAUGACUGCAUGUCAAGGCAUUUGGCUGCGAAGGCUCUUGUCAUCAAUAACAGGUCAAAACAUCCCAUCAGUGACAAUGUAUGUGGAUAACAAGUCAGCACUUGAACUCAUGAAAAAUCCAGUUUUUUCAUGGAAGAAGCAAGCACAUAGACGUAAGAUUUCACUUUAUCAGGGAGUGUGUGGAGAAUGGUGA